GUAACGGCCGCCAUCUUGUUUGUUUGAGUGAAUCGGAAAAGGAGGCGGCGGCCGUGGCGGUGGCGGGAGCAGCUCCGAGGCUACACCGCACAAGGGCUCCCCCUCUCCCCGCCCCCUCCCCUGACCCUUCCCCCCCUCCCCGGGCCACCCACCCCUCCCGGCUCCCCGCCGAGAUCCAGGUAAGCGAUCGGGCCGACCCCUCCUCGGGCUCUGGCUCCCUCCCCGGUGCUCUGCCCCGCCGGGUUGCUCCCGGGGCGCGGGCUCCGCGGCCCGCAGUUGCGGUGCGAGGCGGCCGGCGUUGCGGCCCCCGAGUGCUGCCAGCUCCCGGGCAGCGCCCGGCGACCCCGCGCUCUCCGGGCCCCCUACGUCCCGGGGCCGCCCUCGCCUGGGGGGGUUCCUCGCUGCCCCGGGGCCGUGCACCGCGCCUGCUGACUUCCUAAUGGUUCCGCCGCAGUCCAGGGCCCACAAAAGCGACCCUCGGCCGCGCGGAGGUUUCUUCUUAUUUCAUAGCAAAUAAGAAAAAUGUUCUACGCACAUUUUGUCCUCAGUAAACGAGGGCCUCUGGCCAAAAUCUGGCUGGCGGCCCAUUGGGACAAGAAGCUAACCAAAGCCCAUGUAUUUGAGUGCAACUUAGAGAGCAGUGUGGAGAGCAUCAUCUCACCAAAGGUGAAGAUGGCGCUGCGGACGUCAGGACACCUUCUCCUGGGAGUAGUCCGCAUCUAUCACAGGAAAGCCAAAUACCUCCUCGCAGACUGUAAUGAAGCAUUUAUUAAAAUAAAGAUGGCGUUUCGGCCAGGUGUUGUCGAUCUACCUGAGGAAAAUCGGGAAGCAGCUUAUAAUGCCAUUACUUUACCUGAGGAAUUCCACGAUUUUGAUCAGCCACUGCCAGAUUUAGAUGAUAUUGACGUCGCCCAGCAGUUCAGCCUGAACCAAAGCAGAGUAGAAGAGAUAACCAUGAGAGAAGAAGUCGGAAACAUCAGUAUCCUACAGGAAAAUGACUUUGGUGACUUCGGAAUGGAUGACCGUGAAAUAAUGAGAGAAGGCAGUGCUUUCGAGGAUGACGACAUGUUAGUGAGCACCAGCGCUUCCAACCUUCUCCUCGAGCCAGAGCAGAGCACCAGCAACCUGAAUGAAAAGAUGAAUCACUUAGAGUACGAAGACCAGUACAAAGAUGACAAUUUUGGAGAAGGAAAUGAUGGCGGUAUAUUAGAUGACAAACUUAUAAGUAAUAAUGAUGGUGGCAUCUUUGACGAUCCCCCUGCCUUGUCUGAGGCAGGGGUCAUGUUGCCAGAGCAACCUGCACAUGAUGACAUGGAUGAAGAUGACAAUGGCUCACUGGGUGGGCCGGAUAGUCCCGACUCUGUGGAUCCUGUCGAACCGAUGCCAACUAUGACUGAUCAGACAACUCUCGUCCCAAACGAGGAAGAAGCUUUUGCGUUGGAGCCCAUUGAUAUAACUGUCAAAGAGACAAAAGCCAAGAGGAAGAGGAAGCUGAUUGUUGACAGUGUCAAAGAAUUGGAUAGUAAGACCAUUAGAGCCCAGCUUAGCGAUUAUUCUGAUAUUGUUACGACUCUGGACCUGGCUCCGCCAACCAAGAAGCUUAUGAUGUGGAAAGAGACAGGAGGAGUGGAAAAGCUCUUCUUUUUACCAGCACAGCCCCUGUGGAAUAACCGGCUACUGAAGCUCUUCACACGCUGCCUUACCCCACUUGUACCAGAAGACCUUAGGAAGAGAAGGAAAGGGGGAGAGGCAGAUAAUCUGGAUGAGUUCCUCAAAGAGUUUGAGAAUCCAGAGGUUCCCAGAGAGGAGCAGCAGCCACAGCAGCAGCAGCCACAGCCGCAGCGAGAUGUCAUCGAUGAGCCCAUUAUAGAAGAGCCAAGCCGCCUCCAGGACUCAGUGAUGGAGGCCAGCAGAACAACCAUAGAAGAAUCAGCCAUGCCCCCACCACCCCCUCAAGGAGUUAAGCGGAAAGCCGGGCAAAUAGACCCAGAGCCUUCGAUACCUCCUCAGCAGGUAGAGCAAAUGGAAAUACCACCAGUAGAACUUCCCCCAGAGGAGCCUCCAAAUAUCUGUCAGCUGAUCCCGGAGUUAGAGCUCCUACCGGAGAAGGAGAAGGAAAAAGAGAAGGAGAAGGAAGAGGAGGAGGAGGAGGAGGAUGAAGAUGCUUCAGGGGGUGAUCAGGAUCAAGAGGAAAGGAGAUGGAACAAACGCACUCAGCAGAUGCUUCAUGGUCUUCAGCGAGCUCUUGCUAAAACUGGAGCAGAGUCUAUCAGUUUGCUUGAGCUGUGUCGAAACACAAACCGAAAGCAGGCAGCAGCAAAGUUCUACAGCUUUUUGGUUCUUAAGAAGCAGCAAGCCAUCGAGCUCACACAGGAAGAGCCGUACAGUGACAUCAUUGCAACCCCUGGACCACGGUUCCAUAUUAUCUGAGGAGCUAGAUGUGUUCGAGCUAGUGAUAACUCACUAGUACAUACAAAUUGCCCCCGUGUGCAGGGCACCAAAACCCUUUAAGAAAGUUUUUAGAUUUCUGUUUGUACAAAAAUCUUUGCCUUUUCUUUCUUCUUUUUCCCCCCAGUGUUUCUAAUUUUGUCAACCAUAUUUUUAAGGGAAACUGCUUAUUUGGGUUGGGUUUGUAUUCCUGGAGAAAACAGUAGCCCAAGAACCCAGAAGACUUUUAACAGUUCAGAACAGAUGUGUGCAAUAUUGGUGCAUGUAAGAAUAUGGAGUAACAGUCAAAAGGCACCAUUUUUAAUGUUAGUUUUCCAUUACUAUGUUGAAAGGAAAACCUGCCUAGGAAAAUGCCUGACACUUUAAGAACUGUGGUUUGAGUCCCUUGACAGGAAGAGAAAAAUGUCUUCCCAUCAGUGAAACCAACGGUCUGGUUAACCACUGUAGUAGGGAUAGUGUGUGAAGCAUCGUGCUUGUCUUCUUGAUCAUGUUUAAAGUAAAUCCACACUGAGCAAGAAUUUGUGAGGUUGUGCUGACUGAUCUUCUUCGGCUAUUAUGUUCUGAAAUCAUUCCGUGAGUCUUAGGACCUCUGAUGCUAUGCACCGCAGCUCAGAACGAUCAGACGUCUACAGUGGCGUGACUCCUCAGGGGCUGCAGAUCACUCUCAGAGGUGUUUGGAUGUUUGCUUGAAUAAUGAGAUCAUGGAAGCAGACAUUCCCCUGCCUGCUGAAGGGCAGACCAAUGAGAGACUACCCCAGAUUGACUUCCUUUAAGCAAACAGUGCUGUAAAAACUAAUGGCUUCUCUGAUAUUUAUUAUAAAUGUUAGUACUCAUCUUUUUCCAAGGCUGCACACUCCUGUAUUUGCAACUUAUUUUUAAUAACUUUGCAACUAUAAUCCUGUAUCAGUUUCCUAUAAUUUAAGUGGAGAAAAACAUCCUAAUAAAGGCUUUAUUAUUAACAGACCAGAUAGCACCAGAAAUUAUGUGACUAUAUAAAUAUCAAAACAUGUUCACUUUGUAGGACAAAAUUAUGUUGAAAAGUUCUAGCUUAAGUGUUGGCACUUUUAUGGGGGGGAAAUCAGUUUUAAAACUAAGACUUCCAUGUAUACCCAGUAAUUUAAAAUUAUGUGAAAUAUUUUAAAUUUGUGAACUCGUAAUUACUACUUUAAUGAUUCAGUUUCUCGAGAAUGGUAAUUGUAUAAAAUUGCUCUUGCAGUUUUCUUUUCAAUACGACGUGCCUGUAACCAUGGAUGUCCCCUUUGUAAAAAGACACUGUAGAUAAUUGAAUGUUUGAUUAUAGAAAGGUCGUUAGUUUCUUGUUAAACAUUUUGUUAGUCCAGUUUUUGUCGCUUAUUGGGUUUAAUAUUGUUCUUGAAAAUAGUCGAUGCUAUGUUAUGUAUAACUUUUCUAAUAAAAGUUGUGUUUCAAGCUGUA